AUGCUUUCCCAUUAUAUCAGUGAGUCUCUUAGCAAUGAUCCAAUUGCAAAACGCCUCCUGUUUACCUCCACGUGCAAGAAUUCCGAAGCCCAGCUUGCUACGGACGAAUAUGAAAUAGAAGAAGACAGUGGAGGUCUGGAUGACGAUGAUGAUGAUGACGAUGAAUUCGCCACAGGUAAAAUUGACAACUCUGAGGAAUACUUCUAUUCAUUAACUUCCUACUCAUCUCCACUUCGGCUGCUACAACUAGCGGGUGAAACUUCACUUCCUAUAGGCGGGUUUGAAGUUGGUCAAGAAGUAAUCUCUUCUUCGAUUAAGCUGAACAACAAAAUCACUGGCUCGGACUCAAUUAAUCCGGCCCAUGGCGGCUGCCACAUCAGCUUUAAUCCGGGCAUUGGCUCCCACUAUCGCGAGUUGAUCGACCAAGAAGUCGCCAGCAGUCGGUUGCAUGCUUCGACAUCGAUCCUUCUUCAUACUAUUGUCGACUCCAAUGACGCACUGGCUCCGAAAGACAGUGAUAGUACAAACUCAAAGGCCAAAGUUGACCUGGAAUUUAUUAAUCUCAAGGCCAAAGCGGAGGAGCAGACAAAUCAGUUGAACUCGAGCGACUGGGACUACGUGGACAGUUUAGACAUACCAGAUCGACUUUCUUCGCUGGCCUCCAGUGAUAUCAACGCUGGCAGGAUCGCUUCUGUUACCCCGCUGACCCAUGCCAUUCGAACUCUUUUGCAUCACGGAAUCAAUAUGACGAGUACUUUCAGUGACCUGAAUGAUCGGCUUCCAAGUUUAACUACAGUUGGAUGCGAUCAAACUGCUGGAACCGCAACCGUUCAGGACUCAAGGCUCCUACCAGUCUGGUCCAACUCAUUUUCAGUCGUUUGGAAAACGAUCACUGGGACAAAGCAGACAGACAAGCAUCCGGACCUGGGCCAGUCCUGA